AACCUUUGCACUAUAAAUACCACCAACUCUCUCUCUUUCUCUCCUGCUUUAUCUCAAUAAUCAAUGGCCACUGUUCAUGUGAGCAACGGCUCAAUUGCCGAUUCUUCGCCAUUAAAGAAGUCGCCGUCCUUCCGAUACGCUCGGAAAAAGUCAAUAUCACGGACCGCUACGGAGAUCGACGAUAUCAUUAAUCACUUGCAUGGCUCCGAUCCCGUCCGUUUCGAGCUUAACCGCCUCGAAAACCAACUGCGAGAUAAAGAUAGGGAACUAGGAGAUGCAUAUACAGAAAUCAAGGCAUUGAAGUAUCACGAGCACCUUAAAGAGAAGGCAGUGGAAGAGCUAAAUGAUGAGCUAAACAAGGUGGAUGAAAAGCUUAAGAAAACUGAAACCCUUUUGGAAAGCAAGAAUUUAGAGAUUAAGAAGAUACAUGAUGAGAGAAAGCAAGCUCUAGCUGCACAAUUUGCUGCAGAAGCCACGCUUCGAAGAGUUCAUGCUGCCCAGAAAGAUGAUGAGAUGCCUCCCAUUGAGGCGAUUAUUGCUCCAUUGGAGGCAGAACUCAAGUUGGUUAGGACAGAGGUAUCGAAGUUGCAGGAUGACAAUAGAGCGCUGGAUCGUCUCAGUAAAUCUAAGGAAUGUGCUCUUUUGGAGGCAGAGAGAACUGUUGAAAUAGCCAUGGCAAAAGCAUCCUUGGUUGAUGAUCUUCAGAACAAAAACCAGGAGCUGAUGAAACAAAUUGAGAUAUGUCAGGAGGAAAACAGAAUUUUGGAUAGAAUGAACCGACAGAAAGUUUCAGAGGUUGAAAAGCUGACUCAAACUGUUCGUGAGCUUGAGGAAGCUGUUUUGUCUGGCGGAGCUGCUGCCAAUGCUGUGCGCGAUUAUGAGCGUAGAAUGCAAGAGAUAAAUGAAGAGAAGAAGGUCUUGGACCGUGAAUUGGCUCGUGCUAAUAUUUCCGCAAAUCGAGUUGCCGCUGUAGUGGCAAAUGACUGGAAAGAUACCAACAACAAAGUAAUGCCUGUAAGGCAAUGGCUGGAGGAAAGAAGAGUUUUUCAGGGAGAAAUGCAGCACCUAAAAGAAAAACUAACAAUAGCAGAACGCACUGCAAAGGCAGAAGCACAGUUAAAAGAAAAAUACCAAUUGCGUUUCAAAGUUUUGGAGGAAAGAUUUAAAUCAUCUCGUAACGGUGUUUCUUGCACUGCCCCAGAAAGAACCGUAAGCAAUGGACAUGCAAAACGUCAAUCUCUUGGAGGUCUUGAAAAUUUAUCAAGAUCAACCUCUAAUAGAUAUUCAUCAAGAAAUUUACUUAGGAAUGGAAGCAUCUCAUCUAAAGUACAUGACUCUAGCAAGUUAGUAGAUUCUGAUAAGCUGCUUCCAAAUGGAUCUGAUCAUGCUGCUGAUGAACAUGUGACUAAUAACGGGAUAAGAGGUUUAUAUGAGGAAAAUGGGAAUGUUAAAGAGAAAAAUAAGUCAAACCCUGAAGAUUCUGUAUCUGGAAUGUUGUAUGACAUGUUACAGAAGGAAGUUUUGACCUUACAGAAAGCUUGUCAUCAAAAAGAUCAGAACGUUAAAGACAAGGACAAGGCAAUUGAGAUAUUGUCAAGGAAUGUUGAGACACUUAAUAGAGCAAUAGAAGUGGAAGGCAAAAGAACAAGGAGAGAAAUAGCUGCCAUGGAAAAGGAACUUGCUGCAUUGCGUGUUGGUAAAGAGCGGGGAAAUCAGAUGGGACGGCGUCCUAGUGUUCCCAGGACCCGUGUUAUGAGUUGAUUUGUAAGAAGAAAACACGUUAGAUUAUACGAAUGAGGUAGAUAGAUUAUAGGGUUUAUUCAUUACUUCUGUAAAAUAACUAAUCUUGGGUACACUUAUGGUAUCAUUUUGUGUGUCAUUUUGUAUUUGCAAUGUGCAAUAAAAUGUAUUCUCAAUACCUUUAAGAUACA